AUGCUCUACCUGCUGCUCUACCUGACGACAGUCUUUCAUUUUAGUACCUGUAGCUCUAUGGAGCUUUGUCAGGGAGACAACCAGUGCAUCAUAUGCACUGCAACUGGCCCCACUGUCAUCGACGUCCACGGCCAGCUUAACUCUGUGCGGGAUCGGUGUGCGUACACUCUGAUGAAGACCACAUCACUCCCAGAUUUCCAAGUGCACGCGACCUUCCAGGAACGACGGCGUAAAGAUGUCAGUUUUUUGGACCGUGUGAUCCUGCAACUGGACAAGCCAGCUGUUCAGAUUAAUCUGGAACAAGGUGGGAGAGUCCAGCUGGGCGACUUAAUAAUGAUGCUCAAUGACACAGCUCAGCUGGUUCAUGGUGUGGAGCUCUCUAAGGACCAGACCGGAGUGACCGCCAAGGUGUCGCAUUUGAACACCACGAUGACCGUCUUCUUCAAUGGCUACACUGUACAGAUACACAUUAAAGGACCAAGUGGACAAGUCCCAUCUGUGUAUGGUUUAUGUGGCAACUCCAGCCAGCCUUUGAAUGAAGUGAGGCUCUCUGAACACAGUGCCUCAGGCUGUGAGACGCAGUACGAGGACACUGCUAACAGUACAAUCAACUGCAACGACAUGACUGAACGCUGUAAUCUCCUGAAGGAGGCGUUUUUCACCGCCUGCCACACCCACAUCGACCCACAACCCUACGCUACUGCCUGCGCCAACACUUUGUGCAAAUAUUCUGCGGUGGACAGUCUUAACUGUCAGUUUCUGGAGGCUUAUGCCAGAGCCUGCAGCCUGUACAGCAAUGACACAAUGGAGGGCUGGAGGUCGAAGGCCAGCUGCUGUAAGACUGCCUACUGUCAGGACCGGUUCUGCAGCGCUCAUGAGUUCUGCGGCGAGAACAGCAUCAGUGGUGGAACCCGCUGUCACUGUCGGGCCAUCUUUGCCUCCACAUAUAGAACUCAAAACACUUUAGGUGACGGUGUGGUCUGCAAUAAGUCCUCUCUGUCAGUCACUCUGGUUGGUUGUCUCCUUCAAGACAAAGGCAUUCACUACUCUGACUUACACCUGUACGACAACACCUGCAGGGGUCAGAUGGACAACGUAACCCACAUGGUGACCUUAAGCUUCGACACCAAAAUCAACCCCUGUGGGAUGAUGAUCAGGAUGAACAACAAAAGCCAGAUUAUCAACAAGAAUGGCGUCAUCCUGGAGACCACCAAAGAGCAGUUGGCGGAUAUCACCUGUCCCUUUAUCAUACCAGAUAUAGACAUCGAUUUCUCAGUGGGCAUCAAAAUCAUAGGAGGCACCAACAAGUGUGUGGAGAACGAUCAAAACAUCAGCUGGACGUACUCUUACUCUGUAAAUGCAGGAAGUAUUGUCUGUAGUUCUAGACGUUCAGAGGUGUCUGUAAUUUGUGAGUACAAGAGAGAUGAAGUGUGUUUGUGUGUUUGUUUGUUCCCCAGUGGUUCGUACGAGUACGUGAUAACUGGAGUGUGGAACUACACUCUGACCAUGAAGGCCUACACCGACCCCGGCCGGACACAGACUGUGACUUCGAACACCGAGCUCAAACUGAACCAGAAGGUCUGGUACGAGCUGAAGACGGGCGGCCUGGAUGAUAAAGAGAUCGCUCUGGUGACGCACUCCUGCUUCGCCACCGACGACCCAACAGCAAACUCGAGUCUGAGAUACGACCUCAUCAUCAAUGGCUGUGCGAACCCUGCUGACCAAACGGUGACGGUGCAGAGCAAUGGAGAAGGAACGUACAACUACUUCUCCUUCAACAUGUUCCAGUUCAGCGGGAAGCAAGGAAACGUUUACCUGCACUGCAAACUGAACCUGUGUCUCAAACAGAACAAGACCUGCGCCCCGGUACGUCCCCAAAGACCCUCGCACCGACACAAUUACACGCAAGACGCCCCCAAUCCUGCAAGUACGAAACCAGAACAUCAGUUUUCAGAUCUGUGCUUUCAUUGAUAACAUGAUCUGUCAGCGUCGGUCACCUUUGAUACACUAAAUGGCCAGAAGUAUGUAGACAAGCCACGUCUCUAAUGUCUCUAAAAUGGUCAGAUUUAAGGAUAUCAGCACAUUAACCUCAAUAUUUUCAUUCGUCAGUUUCAGUCCAUAAAUAUCAG